GUAUUCUUUAUCGUCGAUAACACAAUAACAACAUUAGAGUAAUAACGAGAACUGUCCCCUUUAACCUUUCGACCUCUUCUUAUUCUACUAUCGCCUCAACCAACAUUGUCAUUCGGAUCUCUUCCAACCACUUCAUCCUUCACUCCUUCACUCCUGGGUUUCCAUUGAGAAUCUUGGAUCUGUAUCCGCUCGUUUCACCGCUAACCAACAUUCGCUAAUUAACCACUGAAACCAAAACGAGACUUUCGAUAAGGCGAACAUUGCACAAGAUCACAAUCACAACCGCAAUGGCUGAACAAGGUCUCUUCUCGUCCGACCUCAUCUCACCCGAAGUCUCUGCCGCACUCCCUGAAGGCUACACCGCUCGAUCUCUACGACUAUCCGACUACGAUGCUGGAUUUCUCGACUGCCUACGCGUUCUGACGACCGUUGGUGAGAUUAGCAAAGACCAAUUCGCUGAGAGGUAUCAGUGGAUGUCAUCACAGGACACAUACUACGUCCUCGUUAUUGAGGAUGCCGCAAGGGGAAAGAUCGUAGGAACGGGAGCACUACUCGUAGAGAGGAAAUUCAUCCAUAGUCUUGGCCUGGUCGGUCACAUCGAGGACAUUGCUGUUGCGAAAGACCAACAAGGCAAGAAGCUUGGUCUUCGUCUGAUUCAAGCGCUCGACUUCAUCGCCGAGAAAGUUGGUUGCUACAAGACUAUCCUCGACUGCAGCGAAGCGAACGAAGGCUUUUACGUAAAGUGCGGCUUUAGGAGGGCUGGACUAGAAAUGGCCCAUUACUAUAACAGUGACAAGAGUAAGGCCCAGUGAGAAGAGUUCAGGCGAUUGAUAUCAUUUAUACCUACACCAACUGCACGCUACACGGUGCAUGUGCUUUUGAUACCUCGGCUGACUCCGAGCGUUUGGUAGAGCCGAAGAUUUAAGUUGAUGAGCCAACCCUCCUUAGAGCGGUCAAAAAACGAUAAAAGGGGACGGGACAUGGGAUAUAUAUACUAUUAGAGUUCUGGUACCUGGAAGAAGAAAUCCUGUCGUGACAGCACGAGAGCAUUCGAUACAGGAUAGAGUAUAGAGGGCCUAGAAAAUCAAGACAUGUGAAAGAGGGACAUGUGAUGGAGACCUCCAACAAUAGACUUGGAUUUCGUCAGUCCGUUACGACGCUGAGUAGAAAACAUUCUACCGAACCACAUUUUAUACUAAGCCCAAAAUAUCGCCUUCUCCUUCG